AUCGCUUUUGCGCACAUGUAGCCUGGAUAGAUAGCGUUAUAUUUGAUCUGAGUUUGAAUCAAUUAUAGAAAACGUUAGUUAGCUUAAAUAUUGCUAUUUCGUUAGAUGAAUUUCUUUUGUGUGUUUUGCACCGUUUUCUAAUGUUGUUCUCAAGAGGUGACCUUUUAUUUGACUUUAUUUUUUUUUUGAUGUUAAUUAAAUUAAUACAUAAUUAAUAAUAAAUCAAAUCUAUAUUAUAUCUUACUAAGCAAUGCGUGUGCAACGGUUAUGCAGCGCAGCAAUGGAGUGUGUUAAAAGUAUCUACGGUAAAGCGCUAUUUAAAAGAAAAAAAAUGAUUGUCAUAGAAACCAACAAUACUGGUUGCUUUAAGGUUUUGUGGCCGUCCUAAUAAUAUUUUGAAUUGCUAAUAAGCAUACUGUUUUGUGUAUAAAACAAUUUGUUAAAAAAAAGUCGAACGAAAGAUUUUGAAAAAGUUGGUGGUCUAGACCAAGUCGAUUUUGUAUGAGAUAAUAUUCUAUUUCAUCAUGGCUAUGUCGAAAGAAGAACUGUGUGCAUUGCUAGAAUGCAAGAUUUGCUUAGACACAUAUGAGGAACCAAAGAAUCUCCCCUGUGGACACACUUAUUGCAAGAAUUGCAUCGACAGUAUCUUAAUUUUCAAAGAAAACGGUAGUGCAGAAAUUCCUUGUCCAUUUAAAUGUGAACUCACUGUGGCAAUUGAUGAAAGUAAAACAACCUCUUCCUUACCAACAAAUUUUCCACUUUCCAACAUUAUAGAAGAGGCAGAGAAGAAACAGCGGGAGUUAACAAGCCAUCAAGGCAACCAUUGUCAACAAAAUAAACAAUGCAAUAAAGAAGUUAAUUUCCUGUGUAUUACAUGUGGUGUGAAGAUUUGCAAUCAGUGUCAAAAAGCACACAGUUGCAAACUGAAAUCAUUUAUUUCAGUAACAUUUGAUAAGAAAUUAGAAGAAACACGACCAUUGUGUCAGCAACAUAUGUCACAUGCAAAACAAGUUUGUCUGGACUGUGCUAAUAUGUUUAUUUGUGUGUACUGCGCCAAUAGAGAGCACAAAGAUCACAUGAAGAAAGGUAUUGUGGAAUUUGGAGAAGAAGUAAAGACCUGGUUCAAAUCAUUUACAGAUACAUUUGAAGACACAAAAAUUGUUUUGGAAAAUAUAACCAAGGUAUAUAACAAAGCUAUGAUGAAAUUUUGGAGUGAAAGAGAGAAAUUAGUUCAAGAAUUGGAAAUAAGAAAAUUUAAGCGACUAGGGCAAUUUCUGGAACUUUUAAAUACUGAACACAAAAAUAUACUAAACCAGUUUGACAAAAAAACGCAGGAGUUUAGACAAAUCAUAUUUGUAGAAGGUUACACAGAUAGUACUAAAGUAAACCAGGCUUCGGAAUACAUCAAUACUUUGGAAUUAAAGACACAUUUUGAAUUGGUGGCAGAAAAAACAGAAAUCGAACAACAACUGCAUCGUUUGACUGUCUUUCCAACAAUUGUUCCGUGUUUUAAUUUCCAUCUGAGUGUGUUUAAUAAUGGCAACUUGUAUGUAAAUCCAUUGGGUGAGGUGAACAUUGCCAUUGAUUUUGUAAAUACAGCUAGUGUUGAAUCUGGGGAUAAAGAUGUUUACGCCAACAACAUUGCUAAAAAUUCGAUACAAGGUAAUCAAUUGGAAAUCAAACGCAAUUUUUUGGAUUUAGUUGAAGAUUUAAACGUGAAUGAAAGGCUAACUAGUGUUGCUAAAGUUGUAAAAAGACCACAAAAGGAUGCAAACUUGAAAAGUACUCCGACGCUGAAAAAGUUUGAUCAAUUCGACGGCGUUGCAAAUAUCAUUAAAAGAGGUCACAUCACGGCGUUUCUAACACUUUUAUCAAGGCAGCCAAGUAUUGCUACAAAAUAUAAUAACGGAGAUACGCUGUUAAUGGUAGCUGCACGUUCCAACAAACCAGCAAUAGUUAAAGCUUUGAUUGAAGCUGGUAGUAAUGUUCAUUUUGUGCAUUUAAAUAAAUGCAGUGCAUAUCACUACAGUGCAUACCUUGGUUAUUAUGAUGUUUUAAAACUUCUGGUCAACCACGACAACACACAUAUUAACGUUGUAGAUGAUGAUCGUAGUACCCCAUUAUACUAUGCCUCGGCUAAUGGCCACACCGAUUGUGUCACAUUACUCUUGUCUAUACCACAUAUUGACGUAAAUAUAUCAGAUAUUUAUGGGAACAGACAUUGUGAUAGUUCUUAUCAAACUGUAAGACGCUUAUUGAAAGAACAUAGAAGGAAAUAAUUUGUUGGAUAGGCUUGCUUUGAAAAAUAGAAAAAUGCAAUCGAUAAGAACCUUGCUUAUUUAUACCUUUAUUAGCUGUGGAACACACACCUUCUAGUUUCGGCUGAAAGCUCGCACAAAAUCAUGAUCUACUGGGAUUUAAGUAAAGGUGUGCGUAUCUUGGACACGGUUAGUAAAAUUGACGUUAAAAUUAGUCGACGCUUAUACGGCUAUAAUACGUUGGAGAUAAUUUUUGCUUAAAUUUCCACAAUUUUCUUUAAUACGUCGAUAUUGUGCUCCGCCAUGUUUUUCACGCCUAACUACGUAUUUUCAAUGUUUUUGUAUAAACUCGUGUUGGUUUCAAGAGAAUUCAUAAUUUGAAUCAGCUACUUCUAUAUACGCUAUAUAUAUAGCUAAUUUUAUUUCAUAAAAUCUGUAUCCAUCUACUACUGGAUUCUUACAACACAACCGGCUCAACCAUACAAAUAAUUAUUACUAUUAUCAAGUUAUUUAACCCCAAUCAUUGAAUUAUUUGUUAUAUAUUUAUUAUACCAUUAUCAUUAUGGAAUCAACAUGUUAUGCUGCAAGUAUUUCUGUCGACCAAAAAGGGGACAGUAAUACUUCUCAAACUUCUGUGGUUGACGGUACCAUAGCAUGCAACACGCCACAUGGCAAGAGAAAGGCUGUUGAUCAGCUUAAGAGCGAUCAGUAUAAGCGCUUUAAAAUCACUAGAGAAGAGGAUAUCCAAGUGGUCUCUUCCUGAUGAUAUAGCCUCUUAUGCAAACGAUGCAUCCGAGGAAUUCAUCUCAGAAAAAGAACUAAAAGAGAAAGUGCUGCUGGAGGCUCCCACACCAGUGAACUUGGAUACCAGCAAUAGAAGGUAGCCAAAGAAGCAGACCUUUCUUGGUGGCCCCUCCCAUUCAAAAAAGAACGGUGGGGGCAUUCCAGCUACAAACCAAGGCAACCAUAUUAUAAAGGUACCUACUUUUCUACAACUAGAAAAGGAUCCUUUUCUCAACAUUCAAAAGUUGCAACCACUUCCACAAGUCGAAAAUUGGGUGAAUUUGGAGGAUCCCACUCAAGUUCACCCUGCCAUGAAGAAUCUGUUCUCAAGGUGGCAGAUACCAAUUGUACCCUUAUCAGGACGCCUUAAACAUUUUCUUACAGCUUGGAAAAAGUUAACACAGGACAAAGAUAUCCUGUCAGUCAUACAAGUUCAAGAUUAUUUCGAAGCCAACACAGGCAAUAAUACCUCAUUCUCUUGUUCGAAAUCUAAUAGACAUAAAGUUAAUAGAUGGGGGAAGUGGCAGACAUGUUGAGAAAAGGAGCCAUUUCGAAAGUAGCUCCCCCAGAGGGGCAGUUUCUAAGCAAUCUGUUUUUAGUAAAAAAGAAAGAUGGAGGAAAUCGACCAGUAAUAAACCUCAAGCAUUUAAACAAAUUUGUUCCUUACGAACACUUCAAAUCUUUCAUGCGCAGUCGUUUCUUGUUCUUUCUUUGUUUUUUAUUGAGGCAUAUCAUACUUUAAACUAUCGACAAUCGGAAGAUCGAUAUCAAAGAAAAUUGUGGAAAUUUAAGCAAAAAAGAUCUCUACCGUAUAAUAUCUUGUAAUGCAGGGGCGGCGCCACAAUUUUCAAAGUGGGGGAGGGGGCUUAGGAACAUUUGGGUUUUUUGAGAAUUUAGUGACAAUUAACGAGCGAAGUAAGUUUCCGAAACAGCUGGGGACCAACGCAUUUCUAUAACAGUCCUAUAACACGUAAAACGGCUUUACCUUGGCUAUAACGGCCCUGCCUGUUUUGCACUGAUUUCGUUCGUAUGCGUUACUGCAUAGAGAAUAGGAUUAUUUAGUGAGAUAGCCUGCAUGUUCACUAAUUGGAUAACAUCAAUUUUCAGGUAGUAAUAGAAACACGUAUUGGCAGAGAAUAAUAAAUUAUUAUUUAGUAAAAUAGUAAAAAAACAGGGGGAGCUGAAGCCCCCCAGCCCCCUAGUGGCGCCGCCCCUGUAAUGGCUAACUAUCCUUUACAGACUAAUUAUUACGUUAUGUUUAAAAAAAUUAUUAGACUAGUAGCAUUAUUUUCACUGGUGUAUUAAUUAAUCUGCAUGCAAAAACUAAAUUUUUCUUUUAAGAUCAAGAGAUGCCUCCACUCAAAUUAAAGUUUGUAAUAGGUUGGUUGGUCUACGGCUUAUCGCAUGUUUGUUUUGCCUAUCGAUUUGCACGAAAGAUCUUGGGAAUAUGUAAACACCACAUCACAAUGAAACUACUCUGAAAUUGCUUGGAUUUGUAAAAAAAUUCCGCAGCAGAUAUUUUUAGAUUUUCGGUCAUGAUGUAUCUCCCUGUCAUCCUUUUUCGGGCGUCACUAGCACAAAUGGCAAUUCGACUACCAGUUUGAAUAAAAUACGCAUAUUAUUGUUACGCAUACAUUAUUAUCAUUUUUUAUUAGUUAUGCCAUGAAUCAAGUAUUUACAAUGCAAGCUCAAAUAGAGCCUGUUUUUUGUGUAUAUAUAUUCAAUCUUGUGCGCUUAACUGAGAGAGGUAAUUAAUUGGCAUGGUAAACGCUGAUUGCAGUCUGUUUGAUAUGUUAUUUGAUCUGAAUUUAUAUAGGAGUUUUUUGUAAGAAAUAUAUUUUUUAAAAUGCCUUCUCAUUGAUUGUGUAACACACGUACCUGUAUUGUGAUGAUCAAUUUGGUUUUUUGUAUUGACACCUUGACCGGUCAUUGUGUAACAUUACUUUUGCAAUCUUCAUAACAGAUUAAGAAAAAUAAAGUAUGUUGUCCGACAGUUCUUACCAUAACAGACCUCUGUAAGAGUUUC